UAUGUAUCCUCUCUGUUACAGGGGACAGGUAAGCAAGACAAAAAGGAUGGCGUUCAUGAGAGAGUCCUAUCAGCAACUUUUGCUGAUUUGCCUGGCCCACAGUUAAAAUGGGAGAAGAUGGCACCAGCACCUGUGCCUCGUCUUGACGGUGCAGCAAUACAGAUAAAAGAUCUUCUAUAUGUAUUUGCUGGAUAUGGAACCAUCAAUGAUGUCCAUUCACAUGUUGACAUUUACAAUUUUAUGGAUAACACAUGGGGAGGAAGGUUUGAUAUGCCAAAAGAAAUGGCACAUUCACAUUUAGGAAUGGUAACUGAUGGGAGAUAUAUUUAUGUAGUUACUGGACAGUAUGGUCCUCAAUGUAGAGGGCCCACAGCACAUACAUUUGUACUGGACACAGAGACAAAGCAAUGGCGGGAUAUGCCUCCUUUACCAGUCCCCAGGUAUGCACCUGCAACCCAACUUUGGAGAGGAAGACUCCAUGUGAUGGGUGGCAGCAAAGAGAAUAGACAUACACCUGCCUUAGAGCAUUGGAGUAUUGCUGUGAAAGAUGGGAAAGCUUUAGAGAAGGAAUGGCAGACCGAGAUCCCCAUACCCCGUGGUGGACCUCAUAGGGCUUGUGUUGUGGUUAAUGAUCGAUUGUACGUUAUUGGCGGGCAAGAGGGUGAUUUUAUGGCUAAACCUGGAUCCCCCAUUUUUAAAUGCUCCCGUCGGAAUGAGGUUGUGUAUGAUGAUGUCUACAUGCUAGAUGAUGAUAUGAAGUGGAAGGUGCUUCCUCCUAUGCCGAAGCCCGACUCUCAUAUUGAGUUUGCUUGGGUAAUCGUCAACAACUCAAUCGUUAUAGUCGGAGGCACGACAGAUAAGCAUCCUGUGACAAAAAAGAUGACACUUGUGGGAGAAAUUCUCAAGUUUCAGUUAGACACGCAGAAGUGGUCAGUGGUUGGAAAACUUCCAUAUCGUGUGAAAACCACCCUAGUUGGGUUUUGGAAUGGUAUGCUGUAUUUUACAUCCGGGCAACGAGACAAAGGACCCUAUGAUCCAACUCCGAGAAAGGUCAUUGGGGAGAUGUGGAGAACAAAACUGAGUUUAUGAACUGUUUCUCCCUCUAAGGGUUCGUUGGAUUGGAGUGAACUCCAUGGAAAAUGUCACAUCCGAGGAAUUCGUUUUUUACUUUGACUGUUUGAUACGAAAGUGAAAAUGGAGUUCGAAUUUCAAUGUACAAACACUUAAAGCAUGUUUUUAGCCAAUUUCAUGGAAAAUGCAUUUCUAUGGUUUUGGUGAUUUUUUCUUUUCCAACUUACAUGUAAUUGAUUUGCCUUUUUUAUCUUUACAAUCAAAUAGACUCUAAUUUAAUUUGAGGGAUAUGUGCCAUCAUGAUAUUUCAUACUUUUUGUA